UGGAACUACCCUGCUGAACAUUUGAGCUACUGUCCACGCUCCCCGUGAUGGCACGCAUUUGUCAAACAUGGUGGAGAGAUGCUGCUUACUUUAGAAAGCUGGAGCAUCGCAGGUUGUGAAAUCGAGCCUGAAGUCCUGCAGGCUUACAGCGAUGCGUUUCAGGAGCUGAAGCCAAGGCCAAGCAGUUUGCGCAUCCUUGAUGUUGGAGCUGGCAUGGGAAGAGAUGUGCGCUACAUUCAACGCGCUUUCGACGGGUGCCUGGCACAGGUUUGCCUGGCCUUCCCUUCGUCACGAGCUGCAGCGCUGGACGUCGCGCUCGGGCGUCCUUUGCCGCGCCAUGGGCGACGCGGCGCCCCUGGGGCGUUUCGAUGUGGCGGUGCUGCAGCACGUGCUGUGCUCGGCCGCCCAGCCGCGGGAAUUGCUCCGGGAGGUGCGGAAGGUGCUGAAGCCAGGCGGUUUGCUGAUCUUUGUGGAGCAUGUGCCGCCAUGUGUGCCUGGGCGCCUGGCUCACGCCGCUUACCGGCACCUGCUACAGCCGAUGACAGCUGCGGUCUGCGGUUGUGAUUUAAGCUCCGAUGCAGCCAACAUAUUGCAGUCUGUUUCUUGGCAGGACUUCAGGUUGACGCCCUUCGAGCUUCACCCGCUGGGCCUUUGUGUGCCACACGUGCGCGGCUGGGCAAGGAUGCACUGUGCACCAGCCUGUGAAGCGGAGUUUCUCUAGGUGCAAAGUCACCUGCGGAACGCCAAACAUCAGCUGCCAUGCUGACAGACUCUGGCCAUGAGAAAAGACUGGCACUCUUUUCACUUUGCCUGGAUACCGCCUUGCAAGUUCCACUGGGUGGGAGGUCCG